CUAUCUUUUAUAGCCUAAGAAAACAGACAGCUGACAACACUUUUGGUUGCAGUAAGAUUAUGGAAAGUCUAAGCCUACUGGUUAUACUGACAGCACUGCAAGGCUGCCAUUUACAGAUACUGCAUGUAACCCAGAUGCCUUCAGCGAGUGCCGUACCAGGCAGCAACAUAACUUUAGAAUGUACCUACGGCCUCAGUAGCUUAUAUGAGAUGAGUGCCGGUUCGUUUAAAUGGUACAGGCAUGUACUGAAUGGUGAUGAGAUUUCAAAUACAAACAAACAUUAUAAAGGCAGAAUUGUAAGAACAAAUCAAGAUGAUUUCAAGAAGAAAAAGUUAGCUAACAUUGAACUGCAGAGAGUGGAGAUCACAGACACCGGGAUAUAUAUAUGUGAAGUUUCUGUAAUAUCCAUAACGACAAUAACAGAAUAUGGGAAAGGGACAUUUCUUAAUGUUACAGGUGUUCCAGAUGUAAUUCCUAAACAAACCCCUUUUAUCGUACCUGUGUGUGUAAUUGGAGGAAUUCUCAUCAUUUUCAUUUCAUCUGCAGUUUUAUUAAAACAUGUCAGACAAGGUAAGAAAUAUCUGGAAAAUACAAUGUAAUACUAACGCAAAGUAUGAUGUUUUAAAUACAGUUGAAGUGGUAAUACAGACUGUAGGGUUAAACACCCCACCUACCUCACAGGGGACUCAUUAAUAGUUUCCAGAGAAAGCUUUAAAGUGCAGUUGUUUAGAAGACAGUGCAGGCCCACUGAUUCAGCUCCAAGAUAAGCAAUACAGCCAUGUUAGGAUUAAAUAAGACUUGCCAAAACAGGGGGGGGGGCUAUGGUAUAGUGGUGGGGUAAGCAAUAUGUGGCCAUAUAGUGUGAUGGAAACUUAAAUAUUUAUGCCUCAAAUAGGUGCUUUUAAAUAGCAUAUGCUGGGUAUAUUGCUGGGUACAGUGCCUUC